AUGCCUGUUGCUAAUUCCGGUGAAGAAAAGUACGUCCUGGAAAUGGCCAAGGCCCUGCGUUUUGAACUUUUACAGGGUCUUCAAAAAGUGGAUGCAUUGGGGAAGGAAAUCGGCGGUCUAGAGACGGGAUCCCAGGUCCAGCAGGACACUCUGACCACUGUCACCUCCGUGUCGAGUCAUACGCCGGCCAAACGACGCCUGGCACAGUCAGUGGCCAAUUUUGCGCGUAGAUUUGUACAGACUCGUCUCCAUCCGCUCCGAGCACUUCCAACGGAGGAAGAAUAUCAACGCCUAGUCGAAACACGAAGUAGACGUCUGUCUGAAACCGUCAGAGCCACUGCAAACGCCAACUCCUUGGCACAGUCCUAUUCUGUGAGCUGCUUCCUAUACCUCCCUAUUUUUUUAUCCGCUGAGUCUGUAAUUUGUGCUCUGUGA